AUGGCAAAGACUCGCGUACUCCUCCUGGGAAGUGGAGGCAUUGGCACCCUUGCUGCCCUCAAUCUGGAAUGCGGUGGUCAAGCCGAAGUCACCGCCGUUCUUCGGUCCAAUUUCCAGACCGUCACCGAUCGGGGAUUUGAGAUCCUUUCCUGUGAUCAUGGCCACAUCCGCAACUGGCAUCCAACCUCCGUUGUCAAUGCGGUGCCCGUGAUCGGUGCCGGCGACGUGGCGCCCUAUGACUACAUCGUCUGCACCACCAAGAACAUCCCCGAUAUCGGCCCUUCCAUCUGCGACAUCAUCGCUCCUGCAGUGACUCCCGCGCAGACCGUCAUCGUCCUUAUUCAGAACGGGCUGAACAUUGAAAAGCCGUUCGCUAAACGCUUUCCGGCGAACAUCAUCCUCUCAGGAAUCAGCCGCAACGAUGCGCACGAGAUCGGCCCGGGCCUGAUCGAACAGAUCGACCAUGACAACCUGCAAAUCGGUGCCUUCUGUGGUCCGUCCGACCGGAUCGAUGCCCAAACAAAUGCGGCGAUUCACUUCGUGGAAAUCUACAGCGCUGGGGGAAAGACUAACUGCUACCACGAACCGAACGUGCAGCGAGAGCGGUGGCGCAAGCUGGUCUACAACGCAGCCUUCAAUCCCAUCUCUGCGCUGACGGGGCUAAGCACCGGUGAUCUCCAGACUGCCGGCAACGCACUGGACACUUUGCUCAUUCCUGCCAUGACCGAGGUUCUCACGGUCGCACACGCAGCCGGCAUUGACCUCCCUCAAGAAACCAUCGCGACAACACUCGCGAAGAAUCCCCCGGAGAGGAAGAUCUACCCCAGCAUGCAGAAGGAUAUGGCAAAGGGCAACUUCCUGGAGCACGAAGUGAUCAUGGGCGAGGUAAUUCGCGAGGCACAGAGGAGGGGUGUCGCCACACCCAUCUUGUCCACCCUCUACCAGUUGUGUGCCUGUGUGCAGUGGAGACUACAAGGUACCAAGCCAGCGACUAGGCAGAACUAG